AUUUGUAGUCAGUAAAAAACAUAUUCUUUCUUUUUUCUUGCAGAAAUUAUUGAUCUGACAGAUGAAACAAAAGGAAACAAUGAUUCACUACACGAUGACAUCAUUGAGCUUCCAUUUCAAAGAAGUACCCUUAUUGGAAAUGAUGAAACUCGUUGGACAUCUCCAGUCCCAUAUGUCCUGGACCAAAGCCUUGACUCGAAUGCUAAAGGAGUCAUCCUAAAAGCUCUUGACCAGUUCAGGUUAAAGUCCUGUAUCGACUUCAAACCACGAGAAGCUGAGGUGUUUUACAUCACUAUACAAAAGUUAGACGGUUGUUAUUCUUAUGUUGGGAGAAGAAUUGCCGGUGGGCAGGUCUUAUCCAUUGGUUCAGGCUGUGAUACUAAAGCGAUUGUUGAACAUGAGAUUCUUCGUGCUCUCGGCUUCUACCAUGAACAGUCCAGAUACGACAGAGAUGAUUAUGUGAGACUUGUACGGGACAACAUCCUUCAAGGUAAUGAGCACAAUUUUGACAAGGUUGGCAGUGAUGUAAGUACCACCCAUGGAACGCUGUAUGACUAUUGGUCAGUGAUGCACUACAGCACAGAUGCUUUCACCAAUGGAAACGGCCCUACCAUCAUCACCAUAGACCCCAAAUUCCAAAAUAUAAUUGGUCAAAGGCUGGAGAUGAGUUAUUAUGAUGUUCUGGAGCUAAACCGUCUCUACAAUUGCAAUUCAACUAUUUCCCUUAACUGGUACUGUGGCUUUUCUAAUGGGACCAUGUGUAGAAUGUGUUGUUCACAGAGUAACAUCAACUGGGAGAUGGUAAAACAAGUUUCUGGAGGUCCAAAUUCUGAUCACAGCACUCUGCCCAGUGGAAGCAAAGACUACAGUGGAGAAAUAGGCUACUUCUUGCAUGUUGGCACAGCAACAGGUCAGGAGGGAGACACAGCACAACUGGAAACUCAGAGGAUGACUCCCCAAAGAGACUGUCACAUCCAGUGUCUGCAAUUCUACUAUUACCACAGUGGAAAUGAGUCUGAUACUCUCAACAUCUGGAUCAGAGAGUUUGAAAAUGAACAGGACCUAACAGGAACCCGACGCCUCAUGGGGCAGAUCACUGGUUCUCAAACAUCUCACUGGAGGCUUCAUCAUGUUUCCUUGAAUCCAUCUAAGAAUUUCCAGGUGGUGUUUGAAGCUCAGAAAGGAGCAGGACGCUCUACAGGAGGCUUCUCAGUUGAUGACAUCAAUCUGUAUGAGACUGAGUGUCCACAUUUAAGCCUGCAGAUUGAUGACUUUCAGAGAGUGCUGAACACUAGUGCCUCAGGAUCCCGCAUUUACAGUUCAAGGCAGUACUCCAGUGAGGGUUAUGCUUACCGGUUUGCUGUUAUAUUUUAUAAGACAUAUUUUGGACUGUUCAUGCAACUCUUGUCUGGUGAUAAUGAUGAUCAACUGGAGUGGCCUUGCUUAGGACGACAAAUGACUUUUCAAAUGCUGGAUCAGACCCCCAGCAUUCAGCAGCAGAUGACAAAGCAGUGGAGUUUCAUCACAAGUGGAACCUCUUGGUGGAACAAUCCUCGUGAGACUGGAAGUCAAGUUUUUAUAGAUGAGAAUAAUCAAAUGGUCUACGGCGGACCCCUAAUCGGUUACAGAUCUUUUGCAUCUUUGGACGAAACCCAAGACAGAGAUUUUAUCAAAGGAGGAACUGCAAUCUUUACCCUCAACUUUCAAGGCAUGUUAAGAAUUUUCUCAAGCUAA